AACGUCACCCCGAUUCCAUACGAGAAGAUGGCGGCGCCUGAUUUAUUUUCCCAGCAUGCCGUGCGCGAUGAUGCCGUACCGCAAGGUGGCCGUGAGUGCGCCCCUUUCCCGGCAUGCUCCGCGCCUCUCCUUCCCGGAGGGCUUCCGUACGCUAAGAUGGCAGCGCCCGGCGGUAGCUCGGCGCGAGCGCUGGUGCAGUACGUGGUGCUGCGGGGGGACCUGCAGCGGGAGCCGCUCUCGUGGCCGCUGGGGGCCCUGGUGGCUCAGGCCUGCCACGCGGCCCUGGCGGUGGUGCAUGCGCACUACGGGCAGGCGGACACCGGGGCCUACCUGGCUGAGGGGGGCAGCAUGAGGACCGUGGUGCUGGAGGCCCUGGAUGAGGGUGCCUUGAAGACGUUAGCUGAGACUCUGAAGCAACACAACAUCGAUCACAAAGUCUGGAUAGAGCAGCCAGAGAACAUAGCUACUUGCAUCGCACUCAGACCCUACCCCAAGGAGGAAGUGCACCAACAUCUGAAGAAGUUCAAAUUGCUCAAAUGACCUUUACCCUGGCUUCCCAUUAGAGACCCUUCACCUUCAUAGUGUCAUACAGACUUAACCAGAACAUGUAGCUUUCCUGGGUGCGUCUGGCUGUAAAAAUGGUACAGAUAUAUAUGGAGACAAUAAAGCUGCAUGUGUCCUAAAAGCA